AUGGCUGCCGAAACCGACUCGUUAGUAUCCAAACAGCCCGCUGCCCCAGACAUGGAGCAGACAAAUGGCUCUAGGGAAAAUUCAGAGAAAACAAAAAAGCUACGUCUCAAGGUCGACUUCAGGCUAUGCACUAUCGCAGGUCUUUUAUGUAGUCUCAAUUUACUAGACAGCGGGAUUAUUUCUAGCGCAUCGGUCACGAGCAUGUUGAAGGACCUCGGACUCGAUCAAGGCAAUCGUUACUCCGUUUCAAUACUAAUCUUUACGGUGGCAAGUGUGUGUUUCCAGCUUCCCGCUACAUUGGCCAUACGUAUAGUAGGACCUCGAAUCUUCUUCACUGUCAUCACUUUCGCCUUCGGCUUGAUCACCCUCUGCACGGCCUUCAUCCAUACGUGGAAGGAGAUGAUUGUAAUGCGAGUUCUCCUGGGUAUGUUUAUGAGUGGUAUCUAUCCGGGGCUGGCGUUGCUCAUAUCAAGCUGGUAUCGAAGAGAGGAGCUCCAGCUUCGGUUUGCGUUCCUGCAGUGUGGCGAAGUGAUUGUCCUAGCUACUGGAGGGAUUGUGAAUUUUGGCUUGAAUACCCUCGAUGGCCGAGGUGGUGUCAAGGGCUGGCAGUGGAUGUUCAUCGUCCAGGGUCUUGUGGCUUGCCUCAUUGGUAUAGCAACGUACUGGUGGAUUGUAGACUUUCCCGAAAAGGCCCAAGAAAGUUUCAACUUUCUGGACGAGGCAGAGACUAAGAUUGCUGUCGCACGGAUCCAGCAAGAUCGCGGGGAUGUUGUGCCGACUCCAUUUUCGUGGCUCGAAGUCUUGAAGCACUUUCUUGAUGUGAAGAUAUAUGGAUUCGCGGCAGCGUUCUUUCUUCUCAACUUGGUCUCCACAGCUUUAUCAUACUUCUUGCCCAUAAUCCUUCAGAGUGGUAUGGGCUUCUCGACGAACAAGGCAAUCUUGCUGUCAGCGCCACCGUAUUACUAUGCGGUCAUUCCAGUAUUGAUAUCGUCUUGGAUCGGCGACAAGUAUUGUCUUAGAGGGCCGGUCAUAACAUUCAACUCGCUAUGCUUGAUUGCAGGCUUCGGAAUGCUUGGCUUCGCCGACCAAGUGACUGUCAGAUAUGUCGGUACCUACCUUGCCACUGGAGCAUAUAUAUCGAAUUGGGCAGCUUUGAACAGUUAUCAAGCCAGCAAUAUCACUGGUCAGUGGAAGCGGGCAGUGACGGCAGCAGCGGUAACCGCUUGCAAUGGACUCGGAGGUGUUGCUGGGAGCUUCAUUGUCCGGCAGACUGAAGCUCCACGUUACCCAACGGCAGUUUGGGUGUCAAUCGGGUCCCAUAUCCUCAUUAUCAGUAUUGUCAUCGCAUUCUCGGUGUACUUCUACAGUGCCAACAGCAAGCAAAGAAAGGGUAAGAAAACGAUUGAAAGGACUGAGGGUUUCCGAUAUACCUAUUAA